AUGAAUGAAAAGGCACUGAAUGACUUGGAAAUAGCUUGUGCAUUAGAAGAGAUUUUUGGUUUACCUGAUGAUCCCGAUGUGUCAGAUGAUAAUUUGGAAUCCGAUGAAGAAGAUGUGCAGUACAGUACAGUGAAACUUCAAAGAAUUUUAGAGAGCCUUGAUGAGCCUCAUGAUGGAAUUCUAGCACCCACACCUGAUCCACCUGAUAGUCUUAUUAGUAAUAUAAGUAAUGCGUCUGUUGAAAACCAACCUAGUCCAUCACCUCAACCAACCAACAGUGACCGGCUUAGGCGGGCAAGAAUAAUCCAAAAUGCACCCAGUACUUCUGGCACUCAACAGACCUUACGGCGACAACCACAAUCACCAGUAGCAAAUACUAACUCAGAUUCGGAAACAGAUGAUUCAGACGGCGAAGAGGAAACAUGGAAAAAAACUAUGUGGACAACUGAUCGGCCAAGUCCUAGCGUUUACGAUGAAAUUCCGAUGGAACCGGCAAUUAUGUUUAGCAGCCGUACUAGACCUGUAACUGUAUUUGAAAAAUUCUUCACUGAUGAAGUCUACGAUUUGAUAAUAUAUCAAACAAACUUAUAUGCAGAGCAAAGGAAAGAUGAAGGAUGGACACAAUUAGAUAAAAAAGAACUGAAGGCCUUUGUAGGGAUUUUUAUAAUAAUGGGAUACAAUAUUCUGCCUUCUAUUGACCUUUAUUGGUCUUCCGACCCUGGUUUCAGGGUAGAUGAAAUAGCAGAGACUAUGACCGUAAAGCGAUUCAAGAAGAUAUUGCGAAAUCUGCACGUGAAUGAUAAUACACAGAUACCAGAUAAGACAAGCGAGAACUAUGACAAACUUUACAAAAUACGCCCAUUAUUGGAUCUUAUCACUCAGGCAUGUCAGAAAAAUGCCAAAGACUCCUCAUCGCAAAGUAUUGAUGAAUCGAUGAUUCUCUUCAAAGGCCGGUCUUCCAUGAAACAGUAUAUGCCUCUAAAGCCCAUAAAAAGAGGUUACAAGGUAUGGUGUCGCUGUGACAGUAAAACUGGGUAUCUCUAUGAAUUCUACAUAUACACUGGAAAAUCAAAAACCGGAACAGAGGAAGGACUAGGAUCCAAAGUUGUGAAGAUGUUGACUGAAAAGCUGACAAAUAAAGCACUGGAGGAAUAUCAUAUUAUUAUUACAUUUGACAAUUUCUUCUGUGACUACACUCUAAUGCAAUAUCUAUAUGAAAAUGGCAUUUAUGCUACAGGAACUGUACGAAGACACAGAAAACAUCUGCCUGUACUUGUAAAAACGAAUCAGAAGCUUGCAAAAGGACAAUAUAAAUGGAGAGUCAAGGGAAAUGUAUCUUUCUUAGUUUGGCAAGAUACCAAAGAGGUUCUCCUAUUGAGUAAUGCAUUCCAUCCAAAAGUUGGCAAAACCACUGUCUUACGGACUCAGAAAGACGGCACAAAACAAGAAAUCAACUGCCCGUUAGCAAUAAAGGAGUAUACUAAAAGGAUGGGAGGCGUUGAUCACUUUGAUCAGAUAAAAAGUACCUAUUCAGUAGGCAGAAGAAGUAGGAGAUGGUGGGUCCGAAUAUUCUUUUUCCUUUUAGAUACAAGUAUAACAAAUGCAUACUUGUUAUAUUGCCAAAAUAAGAAUGCGACAAAACUAAGCAAUCUUGAAUUUCGAGUCUCUGUCGCUAGAGGACUGAUCAGUGGGUUUUCCAGUAGAAAACGACGAUCUGGUAGUUUAGUCAACUAUAUCUGCAGAAAAAAAAUUGCUUCUGAGAAUCGCCAAAAGGCAGUGCAUGUUGUCGCAGAGGAAGUUCGUUUCACCAACCUUGGAGACCAUAUGCCCGUUGAAUCGCCUUCAUAUAAACGUUGCAGAAUGUGUAGCACAAAAGAAAAAGACAAAAGAUCGAAAGUUAUAUGUGAAAAAUGCAAAGUUCCGCUCUGCAUAACACCAUGUUUUACUGCAUUUCAUAGGAAAGGCUAG